CGGACAGCGAUAUAGGACCGCAGGCAGAGCCACAUUGGUCAACGCAGGAAGGAGCAAUACAGCGAGCAGUUGAAGCAGCAGCUGCAGCAGAAGCCGCCAAGAUGAGGAAGGCAAAUGUCUUUAGCCAUGAUCCAAAGGCCAUCAUUCCGAGGAUGUCCUGGUCCAAGGAGAACCUGUACAAUUUGCUGCUGCGAUCCACAAACCCAUUCCACAUGGGAGCUCUCAACUUCAAUCGCACCGCGCUGACCAUGUACCAGCAACGAUGGCGCUCUAAGCGUUUUCUCCGAGGCUACCACGGAGACUGGAUCCCAGAGCGUAGAUUCAAGCGGUGGCUCGUCCCCGAUCGUCUGCCACGCUUCGACCAGCGCAGCAGCUUGUCUGCUUUGGUUGCCGAUCGAGGAGCAAAUCGGCCGGGCCUCCGGGCAUCCUCGGCAGGCGCAUCAGUAGGAGGCAGCAGGUUGCCAUUCACACGCUCGCGCAUCCUCACCCAAGCGCUUGCGAGCGCAGGUCGAGAGAUCGGCGCAGAGGAGCGAAUGCCCACCGCUAGCUUGUUCGUGCGUGACGUGGAACGCAGACUGGACGUCGUCCUCUUUCGCUGCUGCUUUGCCGUAUCAGCCUACCAGGCCAGAGCAGCUAUCGUGCAGGGUCAUGUCAAGCUCAAUGGGUUCAAGGUAACAGACCCAAACAAGCUGCUCGAGCCCGGUGACCUCCUCUCCAUCACCCCAACAGCCAUCCCAAUGCUCGAACCAAAAAAGGCAGCACGAAUCCGGGCGCAGAUCAUAAAGCGGCGCAACAAGUCAUGGAAGCGAAUUCUUUUGAAGCUCCAAGCUGAAAGACAAUCCAAAGAGUCCACAGAGGCGGCGUACGCGUCGGCUGCUGGGGCUGUGACUGAGUCCAAGGCGGAGGCAGUAUCGGGUUCGGUGGCUGCUUCAGAGAGCGAAUCACAGAAAGUCGCACCUCAAGAUGAAGCCGCGCCUACUCAAAAAGAGCCGAUAGAUGUUGCUGCAGAUCAGGUGGAGGGUGGAGCGUCUAGGCGAGCAGCAACCUCUUCAUCACCGUCGUCUUCAUCCCCUGAAGCCUCUUCGGAUUCCAAGGGAGGUGCCGAGUCAACCGAUCGCAGCGGAGUACGCAAAGGCAAGAAGAAGAGCCCCCCCCUUCCACCCGGCGUCUUGUUCUUCCGAUUACCUCAAUAUGCCGCUCCCUUCCUCUUCAUCCCGCCGUAUCUGGAGGUAUCCUUCAGCACCUGCUCCGCCAUCUACCUUCGUCAUCCAACUAUCGUUCCUGCCGCGCCGUCCGCCCGUCAGCAACUAGCGGAGCAGCAGAGCGCAGACCAGGAGAAGGAAAAUAGCAGCGGCUCACGUCGAGCUUCCUCUCCGCCAUCCAACGUCAUGUACCGCACCGACAUCGCAUCGCCGUACCCAGCUGGUGGCGAUAUGUACAGUAUGGCCUGGGAGCACUACGCACGUGACGCCCCGCGCACGCGCUCCGAUGUUCGGCGCAUCAAAGUCGAGGCUGCGCAUGGGCGCAACGGGUUCGAGAGUGCCAGAGCCAAGGAUGCCUACAAGACUGUCCGCGCGCUGAGGCGGGGCAAGACCGCUGCUGCUGCUCGUGCAUAGUACAUUAGCGCAUCGUGCAUAGUGUUAACGCCCAAAAUUGCAUGCUUGCCACGG